CGUCAUAUCCGUUCAACACGAAAACGUAACGUAAUUCGCUAACACGUUUUCUCCUAGAACAGCAUAUUUCUUUAGGCUUGGCGCCUUCGUCAAAUGCAGUGAGCGUCGGUGUACGUAAAAUGGCGGACGGUGACAUUGAUUUGUACGCCGACGAUCUCGAGCAAGAUUUCGCGCAGGAUGAGUUCGCUGGUGAUGGCGUUGAUUUGUAUGAUGAUGUGAUAGCUGCUCCUGCUGGUGGUAAUGGUGGUGUUUCUACGGGAAAUAGUGGAGAUGGUGCUGGUGAUACUACCUCACCAAAUGAAGAGACAAAUGGUAGCGCACCUUAUCAUCAACUUGGAAAUAAUAUUCAGCCAAACCAAAUUGGGAGACGUCAUCAACUAUAUGUUGGAAAUUUGACUUGGUGGACAAGUGAUCAAGAUAUAACUGAUGCUGUUCAAAGUAUUGGUGUAUCAGAUUUUGUUGAAGUAAAGUUCUUUGAAAAUCGAGCCAAUGGACAAUCUAAGGGAUUCUGUGUGAUAUCUUUGGGAUCGGAACAAAGUAUGAGGAUAUGCAUGGAAAGAUUACCUAAAAAGGAAUUGCAUGGACAAAAUCCAGUAGUGACUUUCCCUACUAAACAAGCUUUGAAUCAAUUUGAGUCUCAGUGUAAGACACGACCAGCUCCGGCUCCUCAACAGAGUCAGAGUCAACGUCCCCAUAAUCCACAUCAGCAUCAGUCACCAAUGCCACCCCAUCAACAGCAUCCACAACAUCCCCAACACCCUCAACAUUCGCAACAAAAUCAUGGUCCUAGGAUGAUGAUGGGUCCUCCGCAGGGUGUACGACCACAGAGAAUGCCACCUCCAGGGAUGGGUCCACCAGGUCCAGGUGGACCAGGCCAGCAAGGUCCACCGCGUAUGCAUGGUCCGCCGAUGGGUCCUGGACCAGGACCGCACCAUCCUUUACCUGGGCAUCCUAACCAAGGUCCACCACCUCCUGGUUAUCAGCAGGGGCCCUGGAAUGGGCCAAGACCUAAUGGUCCACCUGGACCACCAAGAGGUCCAAGUGGACCUGGUGGUCCACCUCAACAAGGACCACCAGGACCAGGUCCUGGUCAACAUCGGCCUCCAGGAAUGAGUUGUACUAGAGACCUUUCAGAAGCCAGUUACCAUAUACCACAGCAAUUUCAUGGUGGUCCGCCUGGUCCACCUGGUCAAGGACCUCCACGUGGUCCACCUGGACAUCCUGGUGGACCUCCAGGUGAUCCAAGAGGUGCUCAACCGCGUCCUGAAUGGAAUAGACCACCAGGAAUGCAUCACGGGCCUCAGGGACCACCAGGUUUCCCUCAACAUCAACAUAUGCAAGGCCCGCAACCUGGUCAAGGCCCACCACAGAGAGGACCUCCUCCAGGUUCUAUGGGUGGAAUGUUACCAGGUCCAGGAGGUCCGCCACCUGGUCAUGGUGGCCCACCUCAAGGACCACCACAAGGACCCCCAGGAGGACCUGCACCACAUGUGAAUCCAGCAUUUUUCCCACAAGGACCACCUCAUCAACAUCCAGGACAACAUCCACCAGGUCCUCCUGGUCCACCCCAUGGACCACCACAUGGUCCACCUCAUGGUCCACCUCAUGGUCCACCUCAUGGUCCACCACACGGUCAACCACAUGGACCACCACAUGUGCCACCUCAUGGUUAUGGACCACCUGCAGCACAGCCACCUUAUGGUGCACCAGGACCUGAUCAUCGUCCAGAAGGUCCCCCUCCCCUUACAGAACAAGAAUUUGAAGAAAUCAUGGGUAGAAAUAGAACUGUUUCUUCUUCUGCUAUUGCUCGAGCAGUAUCUGAUGCUGCAGCAGGGGAAUAUGCAAGCGCUAUAGAAACCUUGGUUACAGCCAUCUCUCUGAUAAAACAAUCCAAGGUUGCUGCAGAUGAUAGAUGUAAAAUUUUAAUCAGUUCUCUUCAAGACACCUUGCGUGGCGUGGAAACCAAGAGUUAUGGAUCCGCACGUAGGGAACGAUCACGUUCGCGAGACAGGGAACGCAGUCACAGAAGAAGACGUGAGCGAUCAAGGAGCCGUGACAGGGAAUACAGAGAAAGAAGUAGAGAUAGAGAUAGAGAACGUGACAGGGAACGCGAUCGUGAAAGGGAAAGGGAUCGUGAUCGUGACAGAGAACGUUAUUACAGUGAACCAUAUCCACGGGAGAGAUCACGAAGCAGGGAGAGGGAUCGUGAACGUGAAAGAGAUCGCGAAUAUAGAGAGCGAAGCAGAGAAGAAAGAGAGAAUGAAAAGGGAAGAAGACCGCAAAGGGCUGAGCAUUUGGUACCUUUUAACAAGUACCAGGAAACGGAUGAUGGACUCUCACAGAGCACAAUACCAGAUAGUUAAAUUCUCAGCAACAAAAAAGAAGGAAAAUCCCAAUAAAUUUUUAUGUUGUAAUACACGAGACCAGUUUGCAUGAUCACAUACAUAUAUACAUACGUGUCUCGUGAAUGAUUAUGUUUCGAUGUGCCAUUUUGAAGUAACCAUAUAAUAGUUAACUCGACCAUGCAGCUAGAAAUAAGAGACACUGCUGGAUGGAGUACGACCAACUCAUAGUCCAAUUGUUUGAGUUUAUUCAUGCUUUGAUCCUUUGUGAUUCAAUGUUUCCAAUUUAAGUUAAUUUAUUUUAUAUCAGUUUUCAUUAUUGUUAUAUCUAUGAAUUAUAAUUUGUCAAACACAUUUUCUAUGAGAUUGAAAUAGAAUUGUUUUUAUCAUUAGUUUAAUUCUUGUAAAAGUGAUUUACAUAACAUAUUUCAUUAUUUGAUACUGGAAAUACAAUUUAUUUUUGUAGGAUAAUUUGGUAAAAUGAAACAAGUAUAUCGCUCAACAUAAUUGGAGAAUAAAUAGUACUUACUAUUAAAGUAAAGAAUUGCAAAGGAUUAAUGUAAAAUGCUUUUUUCACUCCUACUUAUCUUUAUAACUUAAAAUUCAAUAUUUUUGCAACAAUCAGUCUAAAAAUCCGAAUGCAAUGACUACAUUAAUUUACAAACAGUAUAGACAAUUCGACUAUAAGUAUAGUUCUUAGAAAGUAAAAUGUAUAAAUUGUGGUUCUUAUGAGAAUCAUUGAGCUGUACACACAUUGCAACAAAAGCCUGCAUCUUCUGGACUUGUUAGCACUGUGUGCGGCUUUCUUUAUGUAUAGAUCUUUUUACUGCGAUUCAUCAACCAGAAAGAUAUUUUACUAUAUCUCAGUCAUUUCGCCUUCGAUUCCUAUGUUAUGUUUAAACGGUGAUUUUCCGAAAAAUUAAUUAAGAACACAAUACUUUAACUUAUCAGGAUUAAAAAGAAAUUUUUAUCUUCAGUUCAGUGCAGGUUCCAAUAAUUUCAUUGAGGCAUCUAAAUAAUCGGAGUAAUUAUAAUAUUACUUUUCCUGUCAUUUAAAAUUGAAAAAGAAAAAAGUCUGCAUUGCAUUCUUACAUUACAAAUAUGCGACAAGUAUUUUUUUGUGUACUAAUAAUAAGAAUUGUCCAUUUAAAGCGCAAUUUUAAGUUGACAAAAUAUUGGUGUUUUUAAGAUAUUUGUCAUUUCUUAAUUUUGUCUUAUUUUCUUUUUAAUGUGAAAGAGAUAUUGUUUCAAAGAAAGUUAACGAUUGUUUACAGAAAAUUAAAAUAUACUGACGAUUAGUUAAUCUUAUUUUUAAUUUUUUUUUUUUCUUUUCAAUUUUAUCGUCUAACUUACGGUAAUCAACGCUGAAACUAUUUCAUAGUUUGGUGGUAGUUGCGUUUUAAAUGAAUAGUUCUAUAUUUGUUUCUUAUCAAGAGUACAAAGAGUUGUGAGAUAUUUUUAUCUGUAGCUUUAUUUUUUAAUGAUUUAUAUUUAACGACAUUCUAUUUAUAGAGAUCAUAUUUUGUUAAUAGAGGUCUCGGUCAAGUGACGCUGUGAAUUAUAGGACUUAUAUAAACAAUCAUACGAUAACACGUGAAAAAGGAUAGUUUCAAUUUUUUGAAACGCAAAGCGCUUUGUACUGAAUAGUAUUAUUAUACAGAACUAUUACAGUUCUACGUGACGAUAUCAAAUAAUGCGAUUAUUAUCAAGAAAAUUUUAUAAAAGCUAAAAGAAUCACAUUUCUGUGAAUCUACACAAAUGAUUGUUAAUAUUUAGUGGUCUUAACGAAACCGACGAAAAUCUUUUGUAAUGUUGUGAGAGCACUAUAAAUCUAAUGACAACUUUUGUAAGUAAGUAUUAUAAUGACAUAUUUAGAAUCAUGCAAUGAAAUGCAUAGAAUUCUCAAUAUUUUACAAUUCAUGAUAUUAGUAUAGUUUUUUUUAAUCAUUCAGAAUUAUAAAUCUAAAACAUGAAAAAGAUUAAUGUUAAUUUAAUAUACAAACAUAUAAUUGUGAAUUUAUGAUCAAUUGUCAAGAGAAACUAGAAAAUUCUCAAAGAGAUAAAUUGAUGUUAAAAGAAAAAUAUAUGUAUAUAUAUAAUACAUAUUUAAACUAUAUCAAAAGUUACAACUCUUUUCAAUACAAUGAAAUCUUAAAGAAGUCAAUAAAUUAAUAAUAGAUCUUUCUAUAAUAUCAAUGAAAUUUUUGUUAUAUUAUCAAGAUUUAUAAAUGUUUUAAAAUACUUAGAAAAAUACAAACAACACAGGCAUUAGAUAUAUAUAUAUAUAUAUAUACACUACGAAUUUUCUUCUGUGAUCUCGCAAAAACGUUUAAGAAACGUUAAAAUAUGCACAGAAUAUCGUAAAAUUUUACAAAAUCAAAUAUUUAGUAUUCUAAUAAUUUUCUUAUUAGUACAAAAUUAAAAUCUUAAAAAUGAACAAAAACGUUCUGUGUUAAUAUUAUAUAGUUUUAAAGCAUUUGUUCCUGAAAGGUAAUAGAAAAAGAUAACAGAAAAUAAGUGAUAGAAAUAAGCGGCUUAUUAAUUAUAAUUUAUUCAAAUUCGGUAACAGCAUAUAAUGAUGCGGAUUUUUAGUGAACGUAGGGGUUUAAAAGGGUCUACUUUCCGAGUAUGCCAUGCAUGGCGCCCUUGCACAAUUGCUCGUUACGAUUUCUUCUUUACGCAUACAUACAUAUAUAUACACAUAUAUAUAUGUAUAUAUAUAUAUAUAUUCAUUAUUUAUUUAUUUAUUUUGUUGUAUAACGUACUAUUUAAACCUGUUAAUAUUUUACUAAGUCGAAAAUAGAGAUUGCCUGGAGAAAUGUGUAUGGAGUUAAUGGGUAAGUGUAUAAUAUCACAGAAUACAGCUUUAAAAAUCGAUACCUCCCAUGGAUCACGUUUGUUUUUGUACGUUUAUCAAUAGUCUACAUUUAUAUAUACAUAUAUACGUAUACUUCCAGUCGAUAUACGAGCUAAAAUUUUGUUCAGACGUUUAUAUGUUACCCUGGUUUUUCUGAGAGCGUAUCAAGUAGUUAAUUGCUUUAAUUGUGUAAGCAGGAAUAAUUAGUUCUACAAGAAUCGAAGCUAAAUUCGAGAAUUCAAGUCACUAACAUGUUAACGAUUCAAGAUGAAAAAAAUUUUCUUAAAAUUUAAAUGAAAGAAAAUUUAUGAUUUUACAUAUUUGUUUGUUGUUCUUAGUUAAUUAAUUAACAUGCUGGUUUCUACUAGAGUCCUCGAAAUUAUCAAUUUUGCGGAUGUUCAAAUUUCAUCUAUAUAAAAUUGAUAUUCAAGAAUUCGAAAUAAAAAGAACAACAGGUAACAAAUUGAAAUUUGAGCAUCGUUUUACGUUGAUGAUGGUCAUAAUUUGUAUAAAGAAAUAUUGUACGAUUUAAUAAGAUCGAAAUUUUUGUGUACUUCGUUACAUAUCGGUAAAUUUUUCACUUUUGUAUUAUUCAGAUACAAAUUUUACAAAUUCUAGUCACUUGUGCCUUUACCAAAUUAAGCAAAUUUUUCGAUUUUCCAAUUCGGAGUUUGUAGAAAUAGUUGACGAAAAAAUUUAAUAUCGUUCCCUUAUGCGCUUUCAAAAUCGAAUCCUUUGUAUAAGAUGCUUUUGAAAAAAGUAAUAAUUAUUCGUCAAUUAGAAUUAAUUGCAUAGAAUGCAAUUAUGGCAAUUAUUGAGUUAUUUAUAUUACAAAAAGAAAACGCAAGAGAGUUAUAUACAUACAUACAUACAUAGCGAAAUUUUACGCAACAUGUAGUAAUCUAUUGUUAUAUGUAAAUCGAUAACAUUGUGUGUGCGCGCGCGUAGAAGUUAUUUACAUAUAAAUAAUUUUACACGAAAUUAAUUCUUAUCAUGAUAAAUAAAAUAAAUAUAAUUCAUAUUUUAUAUUCUAUACAAAUAUCAAGAAA